AUGAAUAAAAUAUGGUUAUUACUUAUGAUUAUUUUUGGUUUAAUUUUACCAACUAUACAAUUAUUUUGUUCAACAAAUUGUACAACUAUUCAAGUUAAUUAUUCCGAUCCUUUUAUUGAACCAUUUCAUCAUAAUUCAUGUUUAAAUGAUACAUCAAUAAAUAUAUGUAAAGGACGAAUAACUGCGUAUUAUAUUGGAAAAAGUAAUUAUCCAAAAUAUAUUAAUUAUACAUUUGGAAAAAUUGAUGAUGUACUAGAAAGAAAAAAUGAAAAUGAUAUAAAUAAAUAUGCAUUAAAAAAUUUAACAAGAUAUCAAGUUAUUAUUAAUCCAAAAAUUGAAGAAACACAAAUUAUAUCGGAUAUUUAUUGUACAACUGAUAAUGAAUGUGCAUUAGAUGAAAUAAAAAAAUUAUUCAAUAAAUAUAACAAUCAAAUAAAUCCAUUUUAUGAAUUAAAAUCAUUAUUUUAUUCUAAUCUAUCACCAGAUAAACUUUAUUGUUAUGAUAUAGCAAAUGAUACAAGUAAAUUAUGUACAAAAACAAAUGAUAAUAAUUAUCCUGUUUGUCUGUCAUAUUUUAAAGAAUUAAAACAUGAAUGUUCAUCAGGAACAGAUUUAGAAUUACAUGAAGAAUUUAUACUUACAUCACCAGAUACAAUGGAAUUAAAUUUGAAAGAUGAAUUAAUUAAAUGUAAUCAAAAUAAUUGUAAUAGUUUUGAUAAAUUAGCAGAAAUACAAAAAAUUGCAAGAGAUUAUGCUUAUGGUACGGUUAUUAUGAAGAAUAAUGCUCAUAAACAACGAAAUGAAAUUAAUCAGAUAUUUUUUAUACUUAUUUUAAUAGUUUUUUUUUUUUGA